AUGAUGCUCGUACCAGAACCAACACCCUUGGAUACAUCGCGAAUGACACAGGUUCAAAAAGUGUCCAUAUUUGCAAUGCCAUACUCACAUUUUUUUUUGGAAGCUUUGAAGCCACUGCUGCUGAAUGAUCCAAAAGCUAACCUUAUUGACUCAAAUCGCUAUGCUAAUACAAGUCCAAGAGAACCAAUACAUCCGGUCUCAGAGUGCUCAAAAGAGUUAGAACGAAUCCAAAUGAAAAACCCUAAUGAACGGCAACGCCAGGUCAAAGAGCUUCCGAGGCAGUCCGGUAAAAGUCAGACGAAGAAUUAUUCCAAUCAUACCAGCCUUUGUUGGAGCAAACAGGUCCAGCAAUUGAUCCGAUUUAAGGAAGAGCACAAUCACUGCAAUGUCCCUCUCAAUUACGCAAAGGACAUGAGUCUAGCUAACUGGACGAAGCGGCAGAGAAGACAAUACCGCCUGAAGAUCGAAGGUCGCCACUCUACAAUGACGGACGAACGCCAACAGGUGUUGGAGCAGAUUGGCUUUGUUUGGGACUCGCAUGCAGCAAGUUGGAAUGAACGAUGGGGACAACUGCGAGACUUUCAAAAGGAACAUGGACAUUGUCUUGUUCCGAAGAAGUAUCCAAAGAAUCAAAAGCUGGCCGUUUGGGUGAAGGUCCAGAGAAGGCAGUUCAAAUUGUGGAAGAGAGGUCAAUCCUCCAACAUUACAAAAGAGAGGGUAGAACUCUUGAACCAGUUGAAUUUCGUCUUUAACCCAACAGACCAGUACAAAGAACGAAACAAAGAAGGAUCGUCAUCUGAAGAAGAGACGUCGGUAUCUAGUCACGGCAGCGCCUUGCAAGAAAGGAUAAAACACUGGAAGCUAGAGGAACAAACCGUGCUUUCUUCUCUAACCUUGAGGGACUCAGAGAUGUUCCCUUUGUAA